AUGGGUAAUCAUCAACUUUGUGGACCGCCACUUACAAUGAUCAGCUCACAAGAUGAAAAAUCCCACAACACAAAACCAAUCGGAGAUGAUGAUGAUGAUGAUGAUGAUGAUGAUACAUCUGCAGUGAAGUCAUGGUCCUAUAUGGCUUGGGAAUUGGAUUUGCGGUGGGGUUUUGGGGAGCUUUCGGACCUUGAUGUUCAUCCUUGGACCAGAUAUCUAAACCAAAGUUCUGUUUCCUCUGUUGGAUCUGAGCUUUGUGGUAAAGCUGUAUUGUGUCUUUACACUAGACUAUGA